UAGUUUUAUAAAUUUUUUUAUAUUAUAACCAAACAAAAUCCUCUUUAACUUAAAAACACUGGUGUAUUAUUCCGUAAUGACACAAAGAAACAAUUAUUUAGUAUUCUAUUUAAUCAUCUCAUCAUUUUGUUUUACGAUGUUAAUUUGCUUCGAGUUCCCGCAGACAGAUGCCGAUGACCAUAGCUCUUUAGUUAGAAAGUUACUCAAGUCUAAAAAAUUUCGAUAUGAUCAAAGUGAUCAAAAUGGCGAAGAUUUAGCAGAUUUGACUGAAGAUAUGGUAGGAAACGGGUAUCUUCCAAAUGGAAAUAACUGUCACGAACCUUGCAAUAUUGGAACUGGAACUGAUCAAAGAUUAUAUUACAAUUCUAUUGGGGAAGAACGACUUUUGGGCAAGAAGAGAAUAAGAAACAAUUUUGUAGGCCCUUUGGAAGGUUGCUAUAAUCAAAUGGACUGUACAAGGAAAUUGCACGAAUUUAUAUCUACUGCUUUGAAAAUGGAACAAAAUGGCAAAAAGAGAUAAGAUAGAGGAAAAUUUAUUGUGUAUAAUUUAAAUUUUUUUUCGACAUUUAAAUUUUUAUAUAUACUAUUACACAGGCUAUAAUCGUAAUUAUGUCAUUUAAUUAUUUGCCAUCAUUUAUUCAUCUUUUCGAGUCAUGAUCAAAAUCAUUAUCAUG